GCCGUUAAACCACCCUCUUCGGUCGGGGUUCUCUCUCUCUCUCUGCGGGCGAGCCGACGAUCUAGGGAGAGGUACACGAGCAUGGAACAGGGAGCGGUGUCGUGAAGUGAGGCGGAAGGCGCGUGUCGUUCGCGCGCGCGUGGUCAACAGCCACGACUCAGGGUGGCCGAGUGCCGGCUACGAUGGCUAGCUCGGGCUCGGCGGUCGACGGGGUUGGCGACGACGGUACGACGGGCGUGCCGGGCGGCGGACCCAGGAAUCCCCUCACCUGCGGUGUCUGCCACGAUUACUACAACGAGCCCUGCCUGCUCUCCUGCUUUCACACCUUCUGCGCUCGUUGCAUACACGGCCCGCACAUCGACGGGACGAUCAAGUGUCCCAUCUGCGGGCAACAAACACAGUUGAAAGAAGGAGCACAAUUACCACCCCCCGAUCAGCUGAUACGCCAAUUAGUGGAACUGGCAAACUCCGAAAAUCCACCAUGUGCCAAUUGCGACAAGCGCGACAAAUCUACUAUGUUUUUCUGUACAACAUGCGGACAAGCGCUUUGCACUCACUGCAGAGAACAUACCCAUCGUGCAAAGAUGUUCUCCACUCACGAGGUGGUGCACAUGAGCAAAUGCACCAAGGACACUCAACGUCGCUGUCCGAGCCACGGCGAGCAGUACAUAAUGUACAGCCAGAGCGCCAAGUGCAUGCUGUGCGCCACGUGUUUUCGCGAUACACCUCCGGACGCGCGGGUGCACUGCGUGGACAUCGAGAGCGCCUGGCAACAGGCCUCGAAGAAGAUGGAGCGCGCGGUGAACUCCAUCUGCGAGCUUCAGGCCGGCAUUAAGGACGGCGUAUUGGCCCUCAAGUCUCAGCUGGACGAGCUGCGGCACAGCCUCGAGUCCGAGAAGCGCGCGUUGACCGCCUUCUGCCAAGGUAUGCAGGAGGCGAUCAACAAGACGCACGCGUACGUCCUCGCGGAAUUGCAGCGUCAAUUCGACAGCAAGGAGCGGAUGGUGCGUACGCAAUUGCUUGCGCUCGGUAGCGCGCUACCCGUGCUGCAGAUGCAUUUAAUGCUGUGCACCGCGUUCACCACUGGCGCGACCAAAUAUCAGUUCCUCGAGCUGGCGCAUCCGAUGCUGGAACGGCUGAGUCGCGUCGCUCAAUUGGGCCAUCCGUCGCGGCCGCCUCUACUCGCUGCCCACAUCAAGACGAAUUAUCGGGUCGAUUUCGCGCGUGCCCUACACCCUUACAUAGGUCAGGUGCAGGCACCGAAGAUUACCGCAGAAUCCCUGUAUGAUCAGAUGGCCGGUGGUCAUAUGAUAGGGCAGGAACCACAAGUGCUUCAGAGCAGCAAGAUCACUCAGAGGCUGCCGCCGAAGAGAUCUGACAGCGGAUCUGAUAGCGGCCCGUUCUCCAAUCACUGUCGGACUUUUGACACCCAGCUGAAGGAACUAAGUCAGCAGUUGAUGACCGUGAAGGAACGAUUGGGCGAAUUGCAACGGGAUGUUUCCGUUUUAAAGAGAGCGAACACUCCGCCGUUGGGAUCGCGUUACGAUCAUGUGGCAAGGGAUUGCCGUUUGCUCGAGCAACAAUUGGAGCAUCAUCAAAUGGAAUUGGAGCGACUAAGAAACGUUUUCGACGCUCUCUGGGAGGAACAGAUGUGCAGGAUUCAUAUAGAAAAGGAGAUUUUUCAUUCUCAGAUGAAUGACAUUUUAUCGUUGAGGAGCGAAGUGAAAAAGCUGCAAGUGCUCGCUCAGCAUCUGGAGCCCUUCGUCAAGUCGUUCUCGAUAGGCAUCGGUGCUGGGGAAGUGAGUGUGGCCGCAGCGGACGCGGCCGAUAAUCAACAUCUACAAGCGUUGCUGGAUCAUCUGGCGCGCUUACAGAUGCAGGAACCACCCCAUCCACAGGCUCAAGCACCGACGAAAGAUCAUCGUCAUCCACGUAGCACUGCCACGAGUGCCGACAACGCGCUAUACAUGAAGGAAACGAAGGAGAUUCCGACGCGAUGUCGUACGCCGUCCGGUGGUGUUGGCGCCGUUUUGGACUCGAGCGGCAAUAUCGUUGUGUACGGGACGGCCAAAUCAACCGAUCCAAAGCGGGGUGUGCUUAGUCAAUUGAUCGAGAAGGCCAGAACGCAAAAAGACGAUCGUAAGAAAUCGCCAGGCAGAGAAGACGGGCGUGAUCGGAGUCAGAGCCGGCGUUCGCGCAAAUCACCGGACAGUGCGAAGCCGAAGACGCCACCCGGUCACUCAUCCGGCAGCAAGAUGCGGUCGUUGUAUCGUUCCCUGAAAGGCGGAACCGGCGACACUUCCGCCGAGGCGCUCGAUCAAGCGGAAAGAUGCACCGACUCGCAGCAGCCGCAGUCUCAUAUCGGCGACGAGGGCGAGUAUCAACGAAUCUCGGAGGCCUCAAGCAUGGGGGAAGCGAAGAAGCGCGUGCAGGCGCAAGUGCAUGCGGUCCCGACCGACGAUCAGAUACGGGCGAUGCCAAGCAGCAAGGUCCCGAAAAUCUACCCAGCCAGCGACUCCGAGGAGCUGUUCUACGGCGACGGGAAGGACGCGAGGAGGCGACGGCGCGCCAGCUGCGACAGUCUCAGCACGACUGGUUCCGGGAACAGUAGGCGGUCGAGCAUCGCCGAUGGGACGGUAGGUCAACAAUCCAUCGCACAGGACCCCCGGAAAGCCCUGGUCGUUUUGAUCGGAUCACGGACGUCGUCGUCUCUCAUGCAGAAACAGCGUUCCUGGGAGACCUUCCCGCGGCCCAAGAGCAAGCGUGGCGCCGGUACCGACGGUGCGGGGGCUUCCUCCCUCGGUCAGCUGAAGAAAGCGGACAGCUUUGAGGGCCACGAGGAAGCGGUGCGCACCUUGGUAGCGGCCGUACAGGAGACGCGCUCUCAGCUCCGGCAUCAUCAUUUACAUCAUCAUCGUCAUCAUCGUAAGAGUAAAACGAAUUGAGGCGCUUUUUGUCAUUCUCGCUCCCUUCGCAACCCCUCCUCCUCGCGCGCAAAAAUUACGUAAGGAAAUAUUGUCCGAAGGGUAUCGAAUAGAUAUCCGCGAGCCUAUUGCGUUAUAGAUAGAAAAAGAAAAGAAAUGAAAAAGAAUGAUCAAAAGACUAAAUGCCGUGCCCCAAGUGGCUUAAGUAUAAAUGUUAUUUAUUAGUAAAGAAAGCGUAUUGUUGUGAGAGCCGACGUAUUAUCGGUUUUUCGAAGAUUUUGGACAUUCUAUUAGUAUAAUAAUAAUAAUAAUAAUAAUAUGGGGAUAUAUAAAUAUGAUAAUGGUAAUGAAAAAGGUCUAUAUUCUGCGCGAUAUGGAAAAUCAGAAAUCUUCGUUAUCGAGAGGCACUUCCGUCAAAUGCGCUCUUAUCUUUAUAUUACUUUUCGAGAUUCUUUUGAGAUCAAACGCGUGAUAUUUGUAUUAAUCCAACGUUUUUGACGUUUAUAUUGUGUCCCUCGUCGAAGUCGUAUAUCGCAUACGACGUGCAACUCUCGCGAAGUACCUUUUAUAUAGCGAUUUAAUUGCAUUCGAAUAAUGAAAGCGCCGAAGAUCGGUAUUGAUUCCACUGUAAAUGCAGACGUUAGAGAUGGAAGAGAGAAGGAGAGUAACGAUUACGUCUGCUACUCGUAUUGUUGACAAGAUCCGCCUGGGGCGGUUGAGACACGUAGAGCCUUGAUUAAGGAAGAUAAAACGGUUUUUCGGAUAAAACGCGCGUGUGCAAUGUACAAUAAUUGCAAAAGAACCACGGUUGACGUUACAAUCUAAACUGUAUACAGACGAAUGUCUAUUUCGUUCCGAUCGCGCACAUUAUUUCGAUUUCGUUAUUAAGUACAAGAGUCCUGUUCGCGUAUCCUCGUUUCUCCGUUAAAACAUGCGGAUCUAUUACCACUGUGUCCGUAUACACGCGAUUUUUCCCUUGAACGUCAACGGGUCGGAUGCAUAGUCCAGUAAAGUACGUCGCGCGAUUCGAUCGAUCAAGUAAAACGGUAAUAUUUAGCUAGUAAACAACACUGCCAGUCGCGAUAUAUUACAUCAUUACGAAUUUAAUCGACGAUACUCGAUUCGCGAAGAAUAGCCUAAUUCGAGCGUUUACUCGUAAUCGCCAUCACAAUAAAAACCCAGCGAUCGCCCUACGACGCAUGGGCUCGUCACGAUUAUACUCGUCACAAUUAUUGACUAUAAUGUAACGAUAAUAUUAUUCCAAACGAGGGGCGCAAGGAUAAAAAUCGGUAUUACGAGGAAUCGGCUCUUCCUUGUGAAAGUCAAUGCGAUCGUUAAUCGUUGUUUCGAAUUUAACUACGAGCGAAGAUUUGUAAUCUUCAGCAGGGUUACAAUGAACGUUCUAAUUAUAGCGAGUGUACACACGUAAGCAUGUAUGAGAAAUUGUCGAAUUGCUGGUAUAGUAAAAUAUAUACAAGUUAAUAAAUAUACCCUUGAUUUAUAUACCGUAUCUUGGUGUAUUGAAAGCGAUGCAUGAACUUUGUCGCUCACUUCAGUUUUACAAGUAUCCACAGUUGUAUACGUACAUAUAUAAAAAAACAUGCAUAUUCGGUAUUCCACUUGUUGAAUUUUACAGGCAGGCUAUAAAGCUGGGAGCUUCAACGGAUGAAAUACGAGAGAACAUUUUGGCCUUCGAUGUUUGCAUUUUUUUUUCCAGAAUUAAUACAGCGGUAGUAUAACAAUUUCCAAUUAAUUAAUCUGAUAAUUGAUUGUGAUAUUUUACACGUAUUUAUUUAAGACUAAUAUACGUAAUUGAUUUAUACGUAAUUGUCGACUUUAUGUACACUUCUCUUCUAUUUUCACAUAUUAUAGUACAGUACACACAAUCGACCACAAUAAAAAUUCUCUCUCCGUCGUUUCUUCUCUUUCUUCUUCUCAGGUAAAAUGUCUCUAUACUUCUGGCACGCCCAUUAUAGAUAAUACCAAAUCAUUGGUA